GGGAGUGGGGGAGGGGAGGCAGAGUAAUCCAAGUUGUUUAUUUGUUGAUUCUGAUUACGAAAUAACCGCACGGGUUUUCAUCUCUCUGUAUUAUUUGCCUCCGUGUUGCAGCCUGAGGAAGUGACUCAGUUAUUAACAGAUUUGACGCUAUCAGAAUAAAACCACAACGGCUGUUAUGAGGCGCGAGGGGGACUGGCAGCCUCCUGCGCUCGUGUCACGUUCUUCUGUCAAAACGUGAAACUGCCGCUAUACUGGACUGCGGCCGGUGGCGCGGGGGUGAUUCAGUUGGAGUUUACAGACAGAAAAUGGGAAAUAGCUGCGAAAAAACAAAGGCGAACGAGACUAUUUAACAAUUUUAUCAGGCAUUCGUGAAGAUACCCCUUUUUACAGGCGGAGGGACUUAGUCUGCCCUGUCAGCCACGCUCCAUGCCAUUGGUCAACACACCCGGAGCCCCACCUACCGGAAGAAGAUGAUCAGGAUGUCAUUGGACAAAGAGACUGUCCUAUCCAGAGACCCAGUCCUCCCAGCAUGCCCUGGGGCUGGGGGUGGAGCUCUGAACGACCAGUCCAACAGCCUAGUCCCCAAACCAGGAAAGACACGCCCCCUCUGUCCGAAAAAUGGGAUCCAGGCUCCACCCACACCCCAGGCCCCACCCCCUGCCUCCCAGCAGCGAAUGGCGAAGCGGCGUUACUCUGUGGGCGUUGGCUUCAAGCAUCCGGGCUUCAGCAAGCGCCGUCGCCGUGCCAACAGCGACAGCCAAUCAGAGCCCUCCCUCCCCACCAACUUUCUCCUGGGCGGGAACAUCUUUGACCCGCUGAACCUCAACUCCCUAUUGGACGAGGAGGUGAGCCGCACGCUGAACGCGGCCACGCCACAAAGCUCUCCCCUGCCGGCGCGGGCCAGAGACCCCGUCCAGAUCCUGGUACCCCGUGACAUCACGGACCCCCUCAACCUGAAGAGUGGGGGGCCGGGGGGGCUGCUGCUGUCCCCCCUGAAGAGCAGGAAGAGGCACAGGAACAGGCACCACGGGGCCGACGCCCUCUCUGACUCCGCCAGGUCGAAGGUCGCAGGUGAGCUGGGGUUGGGGGCGCAGGCUGCUGCAGUACCAGCACCGUCCAGAGAGGGCAGUGUGGCAUCUCCUCUCCCCUACGAGCUCAACACUUCCAUCAAUUGCAGGGACGAGGUGGUCCCGCCCAUCCUGCCCCGGAGACACACCCACCCAGGUCCCUCCUCCAAGACCCGUCACCAUGUUGACGGCCAUCGCCCACGGAAACGCCGGCGCACGACCUCCGCCAGGUCUGAGCACCCUCCGUCUCUGACUCCGCCCCCUCCGAGCUUCCACACGCCACUGGGGGCGGGGCCUCAGAGGCACAAGCCGCCGCCACCUCCUCCGAGGAAGAAGAACAAGUAUCUCCAUGGCAACUUCAGCCGUUACUAUGGCUACCGCGGUUGCUACGGCGCCGGAGGCGAGGGGCGGGUCGGGCCAGGGGAAGAUCCACGCCUCGACAUGCUGCAGCCUGAUUGGUUCAGAGGGAAGAUGGCACUGGACAUUGGCUGCGGCACGGGUCACAUGACCCUGGCCAUCGCUCGCAGGUUUGGCCCCGCCCACAUCCUGGGCGUGGACAUGGAUGAGCACCUGGUGCACGCCGCCAGGAAGAACAUACGGCACUUCCUGUCUCAAAGCCUCGCACAGGAAGCUGAGGAGAAGGGGGGGGGUGGGUCACUGGAGGAUCCUGGGAAACAAACGAUGGCUGCAGGAGUUGAUGGAAGCAGGAGGGAGGAGAGAGGAGAGGAGGGGAGGGAGGAGAAAGGAGAGGAAGAGUUACAGAGGUUACUGACAGUGUUGGGGCGCCCCCCAGACAGGAAGACUCACGCCCCUUUCCCGCUCUCUCUCCGGGUGACCAGGGGCCCCCUAGCCGCCCCUCCCCUGGCCGCCCCUCCCCACCCCGGAACAUUCCCCCACAACGUCACCUUCCUCACGGGCAACUAUGUGAUGGACAGGGAGGCAGAGCUGGAGCAGUAUGAUGUCAUCCUGUGUCUGGGCGUGGCCAAGUGGGUGCAUCUUCACCAUGGUGACUGGGGAGUUACCAGGCUGUUCAGACGAGCCUAUCAAAGCCUCCGGCCAGGAGGGCACUUCCUGCUCGAGGCCCAAUCAUGGAGCAGCUAUUGUCACAGCAAGAGGACCUCGGAGAUAACGUUGAAGAACUUCCGGAACAUUCGUCUGCGUCCGGAGAAGUUCUGUUCCUACCUGACCUCCUCCAAGGGAGGGUUCACCUCCUACCACCUCCUCCUCUCAGACACAGGUUACCACAGGCCCAUCUACCUUUUCCACAAAGGCCCCACUUCCAGGAAGUGACACAACAGGAAGUGACACAGCAGGAAGGAAAUGGCGGUCAGCCCAGGGCUUGGUGUGUGACUGGACAACCUCUGACUACAAGAAACUGAUUGCUAGACCACAGGAUUGGACAGCUCUGUGAUCAUGUGAUCUGCUUGUUCACAGAAGACUGGGAGACACAUCUCACACACACAUCACACACACACAUCACAAACACCUAACACACACUCACACACACAUCACACACACAUCACACACACAUCACAAACACCUAACACACACAUCACACACACAUCACACACACAUCACACACAUCACAUGUGUGUGUCAGUGUUUCAAAGAGUGUGUGUGUGUGUGUGUGUGUGUGUCAGAGAGUGUGUGUGUGUCAGAGAGUGUGUGUGUGUGUGUGUGUGUCAGAGAGUGUGUGUAUGUGUGUCAGAGUGUGUGUGUGUGUGUGUCAGAGAGUGUGUGUGUGUGUCAGAGAGUGUGUGUUUGUGUCAGAGAGUGUGUGUUUGUGUCAGAGAGAGAGUGUGUGUGUGUCAGAGAGUGUGUGUGUGUCAGAGAGUGUGUGUUUGUGUCAGAGAGUGUGUGUUUGUGUCAGAGAGAGAGUGUGUGUGUGUCAGAGAGUGUGUGUUUGUGUCAGAGAGUGUGUGUUUGUGUCAGAGAGAGAGUGUGUGUCAGAGAGUGUGUGUGUGUUAACCAUGUCGUAGUUUCUAUUUUUCAUCAAUAAAAUGUAUUGAUUAACCUGC